GUGCGCAAUGGCCACAUCAAGCGAAUCACGGACAAUGACAUUCAGUCACUGGUGCUGGAGAUUGAGGGAACAAAUGUCAGUACCACGUACAUCACGUGCCCUGCUGACCCAAAGAAGACCCUGGGCAUCAAACUACCUUUCCUAGUGAUGAUCAUCAAGAACCUGAAAAAAUACUUCACUUUCGAAGUGCAGGUGCUGGAUGACAAGAACGUCCGCCGGCGCUUCCGGGCGAGCAACUACCAGAGCACGACGCGGGUGAAGCCGUUCAUCUGCACCAUGCCCAUGCGGCUGGACGACGGCUGGAACCAGAUCCAGUUCAACCUGUCCGACUUCACGCGCCGCGCCUACGGCACCAACUACAUCGAGACCCUGAGAGUGCAGAUCCACGCCAACUGUCGCAUCCGACGAGUGUAUUUCUCUGACCGGCUGUACUCAGAGGAUGAGCUCCCAGCCGAGUUCAAGCUGUAUCUGCCUGUCCAGAACAAGGCCAAGCAAUAACAUCACGUUGGGAAGAGAUGUUGGCCUGCAAAUUGUACAGAGUCAGAGUUUUCCUGGCUGUUCCUAAAGUGCUGAGCCUAAACUCUGCAGGUGGCCUGGUACCCAGUCUUGUCUUGCUCAAAGUGGCCACUGUGCCUCCAAAGAAGGGAUUCAGCAGGAAUUGUGGAGUUAAGUGUAUCCUCUUGAAGUUAGCAGUUUUAUUUUUUAUUUCCUUGUUUCCAUCUCUUAUACAUGCUCUAAAUAUGGAUGUAAUACUUGUUCUUGAAAAGUUAUUAAACAUUUGGCUCUGUAAAUCUG